CCAUGGACUAAACCAGGACUAGAUCAGGACUGAACCAGGACUAGACCAGGACUGAACGCAGGACUAAACCAGGACUAGACCAGGACUGAACCAGGUCUAAACCAGAACUAAACCAGGUCUAAACCAGGACCAGAGAUGAGUGUGAGGAGGGGGAAGAGCGGGUUGGUGAUCGGUUGGAGUAAAUCUCUGUCAGUGCUCACGCCCUGGAGACGAGGUAAAUAUGAUGCAGUUAUGGGCAGUGAGGUGGUUCUGACCAAAAUGAAACUCUUUAGUCACUCUCGGAGGAACCUGCUGUCCCCUGCUGACUCUUUUACCUCUGACCCCUCUGAUGUCUCCCUCCCUGCUGACCCCUUCACCUCUGAGCCCUCUGAGCCCUCUGAACCCUCUGAGCCCUCUGAGCCCUCUGUGUUUAACCUGGACAAUCUGGACCAAAACUGGACCAAAUCCUCAGAUUCAAAUAAGGACAGUCCAACCCUGAGUCUCCCCAUGGACUGUGGACCCCAUCUGCCCACUCAGCCCACUCCCCUUUGGCUCACUCCCCCUCUGGUCACUUGGCCCCCUCUGCCUGCUGUGCCCACUCCCCCUCUGCCCACUCGGCCCUCUAUGCCCACUCGGCCGACUCCCACUCUGCCCACUCAGCCCACUCUGCCUGCUCAACCCACUCCUCCUUUGCCCACUCAGCCCACUCUGCCCACUCCUGCGCUGCCCAUUCUGCCCACUCUGCUCACUCGACCCACUCUGCCCUCUCGGCCCACUCCCCCUCUGCCCAUGGAGCGGUGGGAUGAUUCUGGACUUGACUCCCCCUCCUCUCCACUCGGCUCGUACAAAAGCUCUGUCCACAGUCGCGAGUCCUCCUGCGACUCCGGGACUUCUGAUCCAUCAGAACAACCACGGCUCCAAGAGAUGGAGGAAGAGGAGGAAGAAGAGGAAGAAGAGAGGGAGGAGGGAGAGGAGGGAGAAGAGGUAGAAGAGAGGGAGGAGGGAGAAGAGCUAGAAGAGAUCCAGGAGGAAGAGGAAGAGAAGGAGACAAAAGGAGACCUGGAUGAGCAUUUGUGUGAGACAACUUCUCUGGAAACAUGCCCAGACCAGACCAAGAUCCAGACCAGAACUGAGCUGGAGACAGGGACUGAGCCUGGGACCGGGAUCGGGAGCAGUGACUGUCUGGAGGAGCACAUGGAACAGUGCCAACUCCAGGGUCGGGUCUCCGGUCUCAGGUACUUGGACCGGGUUUGCAGACUGGUGGAGCGGAUCAGUUUACUUCAGGACUUGGUGCUCCAUCUGCAGAGGCAGCUGAGGGCCCAGAACCUGGACCGGAAUCUAGACCGGAAUCUGGACUGGAGUCUGGACCAGGAGCGGCUGGUUCACCUGAUGCAGCACUGCACCUGUGGAGCCGCAGACCAGCUCUUCUCCAGAGUCCAGACCCACAGCCGAACUGGGUCUCUGGACCUGAACCAGGAUCUGAACCGGGAUCUGAACCGGGAUCUGAACCAGGAUCUGAACCAGGAUCUGAACCAGGAUCUGAACCAGGAUCUGAACCAGGACCUGAGGAACAUCCCAGAGUCUUCGAAUCGGCUCUACAGGGCCAGAGAGUUUGAGAGCGCCCCCUGCAGGAGGAGGAGCCGACGCAGCUUCACUGAGAACUGUCCCAGCAGCAUACCUCUGCACAGACAGCUGAGCGACAAGAGCGACAGGAGCGACAGGAGCGACAGGAGCGACAGGUGCGACAGGAGCGACAGGUGCAGCUCGUCCUGGGGCAGAGUCCGGGACUUAGUGACGAGAACCCAGUUCAGGUCCCGGUCCAGACUCAGACCUGAGUCCUUCAAGACCUCGUGUCCUCAGCUCCACAGAACAAACUGGGGACCAGACCAGGUCCAGAAGCGGAGGUCCAUGAUUCUCCUGAGCCAGAGUUCGGACUCUGGGGUCCAGCGGUCCUGAGGAGAGAGCCGAGCCAUCAGAAUGUUUGUGUAGAGUUUGACAACAUCCACAAGAACUUAAAGCUCAGACCAAAGAUUCUGGACAGAGACCAGGACUAGACCUGAGAUGGGUUUGAAUCCUGUUUCAAAAGUCCAUAUGACUGUACUCUAAUCUGUUCUAAUGUUGUUUCCUCAUCACAAACAGACCUGGAGUUGUAUUUUGUUCCAUUCACACAUGUUUAACACACAAACCCUGCAUAUUUAGGCUGAGUUCUUCUCUCAACAAGAAAACACUCUGUUCCACCUUGUGAUGUCAUCAAGUGGUAAUACAGGAAGUGCUCCACUGUGUUUUAAAUCUCCACACAUCUUCACAGAAUCAUUUGGAACAUUUCAGCCCUGGAGCCCUUCAGCCAGCCUCUGAACAAAAGGUAAAAGGAGAUGAUAACUUGAAAAUUACCACAUCAUGACAUCACAAGGUGGAACAGAGCAUUUUGAGCUUUGGAGAUGUAGACAGACUAAUAAUAAAGUGUUACUCAAACAUGUGUGAAUGAAACAAAACACAACUUCAGGUAUGUUUUUGUGGAGAUAACACCAUUAUAACAUGGACUAAAGGACUAAAUAGGACCUUUAACCUCUGGUUUAGUCCUGGUUAAAACCUUAUUCAACUCUGGUCCACAGAGGAACCUGUGAAGAA